AUGCCCCGAUUGGCGCCCCGACCGAGCCGAAGCAGCGAGAAUCUGAACCCCGAUCUCUCCGUAUUGCGCAAGUGGCAUAAACUCGGAGAUCAUAUGUCUAAAGAUGAAAGAGAGUGGAACGAUCCCGUCAUCCCAUCCAGACCGAGCUCCGGACCCGGUCAAACCCCUACCACCUGCCGCCACAGCCUCUGGCAGCUCCUCGACGUCAAUGGCUCCCCUAAUUUCCGCUGCCGAGUCUGCAGCAUCGACGCCAACCAGAGUCGCCAACCUCCUGAGACCUGCCGCCACAGCCUCUGGCAGCUGGUCCGGGUCGACGGCGCGGCCCAUUUCUACUGCAAAGCCUGCGGUAUUGACGCCGACCAGCUGACGACCGCUUCCGCGCGCCCCGCGCAACGGCGUCCGAAACAAGCGGCUGGGGGACGGGAUGUGGUGGCGCUGGAGGAUGGUGACGAACUGCGGGGUCUGGCCGUUAUAGACUCUCCAUUAUCUUCGGGAGAAACGCCUGGGUCCUUCGUCGAGCCGAAUAGCUCGCCAAGUGCCGUUCCUUGGAAGGCGACCGACACGGAGCAUGACCACCAUCACCCAGCGGAACCCCGCAGCGUCAACUCCGCUGCUCCCACUCGUCCACCUCCACCACCCCCUUUCACCAUCAACACCGACUCCGUUCUCACCACCUCGAGCGUUGCCAUCCAACCCGAUCCAUCCACCCUUCCCCCACCACGCAUCCCCCGUCCCCCCAUCCCCGACACCCCAGCCACGUCCUCCAAACGCGUCUCCCUCCGCCUCGACCCCGCCGCCGUAGUGCUGCCCUCCGAACCAGUCGUCCCACCCGCGCACCCCACGCCCAAACGCCUCAGCAUCCACCGAGCCCCCCGAUGGUUCGAAACCGUCCCAGCCCUCAGCGUCCGCGUCAAGCUCAGCCCAAAAGGGAAGCCCACCCCCGGCGGCGGAAAUACGACGCCACCCCGCUCCACCCCAACCCGCGCCACCCAACACACAUCCCGUCCCGCCCGAAGUCCGAAGACGCACCUCGCGCUCUCCGGAGCUAACGACGCACGCGUUCUGCAGCGGAUGCUGGCGUGUGCGAUAUUCUUGCUGCCAGAGGGACAUGCGCCGGAGAUGGGGAGGGAGAAGCGGUUUGGGGUGGUGGAAGGGGAGAGGAGGGAGGGGGAGGAGCAGUGGGCGGUGGAUGUGGGCGGUGAAGGGGUGGGGAGGAGAGGAGGGCGGGGGGUGGUGCCGGAUGAGCGGGGGAGGGCGGUACCGGUGGGGGGAGCGGGUCGGGGUGCGGAGAGUAUAAAGUAUAGGGUGGUGAUUGCCGAGCGGAAUGCUUGA